GCGCAAACAGCUGGUCGUUGGCGAAGCAAAGAAAAAAAAAAGAUGUAAAAUGUGAACCACCACCGAGACCCAGACCUGCACCGGGCUGGAGCCCACCACCACGGACCAUGUGGAACCCGCGAGGUCUUAGCUCGGGAUGGAGCCCGCCGCGGCUCCUCUUGCUCGUCUCCUCCUCUUUGGCUCUCGGAGAUUGCCUUUUUGCUACGGAAUACUUCACCCGCACGCCUCGUAAGCUGAAUGCUUUCAACUCCUUCGCCAGUGUGGAGCUGUUCCACUUCAAUGUGCCUGACGACACCAUGAUGGCCGUAUGGAACCUCAUCACUUUCAAGGAGCAAGGGGGCACAUUCGGAGACAGCUGCCCGAACCGCAAUGUGACUGUCUACUUCAGGUCAGGGGCUCCUCCAGUAAUCAACCCCCUGUCUACUCGCUUCCCUCGGGAUACAGUCAUCCCGGGAUCCUUUGCCGUUACUCUGACCUGGACGCUUCCAAAUCGAACGACGGGAGCCUUCAACGUGACAAGUCCUCUCCCUGGAGAUUGGUUCCUAGCUGCACAUCUACCGAAGGAUGAAGGCAAGAUCUCCGUCAAGGGCCUGUCUGAGGAGUGCCAGUAUCUGUUCCAGCCUCAGCUCAUUGUCCAGAGACUGAUUGGGAUUUCAGUCCUGUACCCAGGCUAUUUUAUCGACCAAAUGAUUCCUGUCCACAACAGAUCAGCACUUUAUAAGGUGUUCAUCCCCAACUAUGUAUCGAAGGUGAAAGUUCAAUUGGUGAACUGCAGCACGAGGAACAAGAGUGGAGACAGUUGUCCUGUGGUGCUGAAGAUCAGAGCUCGAGCUCCGCCCGUGCAUAACUCCAGUGCGUUGGACUGUAGGGAGUGGAAUCCCUGUGAGCUGGACACCUUGGUGCCCACCUGGGAACGCUGGUACUACAUCCUGGUGGAGAGAUAUCUCAGCAACUCAGACGUCUACUUCCGCAUCGGGGUGCAGGUGACUGAUUGCUCCAAGUCUAACUUGUCCAGAGACCAGUCCCCGCCAGGAUCCUCCAUGAACAUGCCCCAAUCCUUCGGAACAGCAAUGGGCUUCUCCUUAUCUGAUACACUCUCCAUGGCAUCGAUACCGAGCUUGUCUCACAACUCCACCCAUCUACACACCUCAGAGGAAAGUGUGGUGUUCCUGGCUCCCACUGCCGGCACCAACAGGUGUUGGCCCAUCCGCCCGACCCUUCGUAACGAGCUGGACACGUUUUCUGUUCACUUCUAUGUGUUCUUUGGACCCAACAUAUCGAUUCCGCCGGACAGAGCUGCAGUGUUUGCCAUCAACCUCAUGCCAGUUCUUGACAGCGGGGGAGUCUUGAACAUGGAACUGAAGCUCAACAUGUCAACUCUGAAGGGUUCCAACGUCACCGUGUUUGGCUGCCUGAAUCAUGGGAUGCCACUUAUCCUGAGGGAGAACUCGUCACUUAAAUGCGAAUCAGAAUCGGUGGCCGGGUUUCUCUUAUCUGUGAACGCCACGUCAAACAUCACCAAGCUUCGGAUUCCAUAUCCACAAACAGGAACCUGGUACCUGAGUCUGCGCUCGGUGUGUGCCACAGAACAUGGCUUUCAGUCGUGCACCAAUGUGACAGCAGAGGUAUACAUGCGGGCUUAUUUGACUCCGUGCAUCAAUGACUGCGGGACUUAUGGCCAGUGCAAACUCCUGCGCACCAACAACUACCUUUACGCUGCGUGUGAAUGCAAAGCAGGCUGGGACGGCUGGGGCUGUACCGACAACUCGGAGGCUUAUUCCUACAGUUUCCAGCUCCUCUCCACGCUGCUGCUUUGCCUCAGUAACCUGAUGUUCGUCCCGCCUGUGGUCAUCGCAGUGCGGAGCCACUACCUGCUGGAGGCUUCUGUCUAUAUCUUCACCAUGUUCUUCUCCACGUUUUACCAUGCUUGCGAUCAGCCGGGCAUCGUCGUCUUCUGCAUCAUGGAGUAUGAUGUCCUGCAGUUCUGUGACUUCCUGGGCUCGCUCAUGUCCGUCUGGGUCACUGUGAUCGCCAUGGCCAGACUGAAGUCCAUCAUCAAACAGGUCCUGUAUCUGCUGGGGGCCAUGUCUCUGUCGAUGGCUCUGCAACUGGACCGUCACGGUCUGUGGAACCUGCUUGGACCAAGUCUGUUUGCUCUGGGCAUCAUGGCAGUGGCCUGGACGGUGCGAACCAUCCGCCGGCGUCGCUGUUACCCUCCCACAUGGAAGCGCUGGGUCUUCUUCCUAUUCCCUGGCACAAUGAUCGCUACGUCAGCAGUGGCUCUUUACGCCUUUGUGGAGACAGAGGAGAACUACUUCUACAUCCACAGCAUCUGGCACAUUUUGAUCGCGGGCAGUGUGGGCUUCCUGCUGCCUCCCCGUGCUAAGCCCGACGCCAAAGUGACGCCGCUGAAGCGCAGGCGCGGCUGCGGCUACCAGCUGUGCGUGAACGAGCAUGAGGAACUGGGCCUGGUGGACCCUGGCAUCAUCACCAUCAACAGCAUCUGUACCAGCUGAUAAUCUGCUCUCUCCACCUCAGACACUUCAUUGCCUUCUUCUUUUUUCUUGGCUGAUUCCCACGCACACAGACACACACAAACACUCUGGAAAAUAAGCCACAGGACUCAAGACAAUAAUGUAAAUACUUGAAUGCAAAGUGACACAUUAGACUUUUCUGGUGUUUUUGUCGAAGUAAAAGAACAAAAAACAGAAGCGGUUAUGGCUAUUAUCUAUAUCUACAGUUGUCCUGACAAGUCGUGGGCUGUUUGUGAAUAUGUAUUUAAGUCAAAGCUGAAACGUGGAGCUGAAACCGCAACAGCUUGUGUUGACACUGAUAAUGAUUAUUAGCUGUUGAACUUGCCGACAGCAUCAAAAAGCUGAGGCUCAGGCUGCGAGAGUGUGGUAGGGAUAUAACAGAAGAGGGAAGCUAGUUCAAACUGCUUCAAUUGCAGCUCUUGAAAGUCUGUCGGAUGGAAGUCACUAGGGUUUUGUCUCUCUUGAUUUAAAUAUUUUUUAAAGAUGGUUGCUCAUUGGGCUAUAGCCUCCAUCUGACGUAGUACAAUUCAAUCCCUCACACUCUCAUUUUCAUCAGGCUUCUGUCUAUGCAGUCGGAGAUCAUGUCUGAUGGAAGCCAUCGAAAACUAUCCUCAUUUUUACCACAUUUACACGAAGAGGGAGCUUCUGUCUGUAAUCUCCAGCCAAAGUGAGAUUUCUGAAAAAGCAGUAUGUGUGACUGCAUAAAAUGAGAGAAGCUUUUAGGUUCACAAAUGUCAGACAAGGCAUCAUAUUCUAUCUUCCGAUGUUUAGCAUUGGUUUGGCAUCAUCAUGAUGGUGCCCAGCGGCAAAUUAAUACCGGCUGACUUUUUAAAGCUGUGUGGACGAUGAUGAGUGUUGGGGGCUGGACAUUCUUUUUCAAAGAUUCCCAUCUAUCUGUGAAUGUGGCCUUGGGCUCACACUAGAGAUUCUGGCCCAGACUCAAUGAAAAACUCACUGAAAUCAGAUUAUCAACCAGUCAACGUUGUGACCCAUGCUCCUGGAACACCUCCUCGAGGACACCCCUGGGCACAUUGCCUUUGACAAGUCCUCAAAUUAAUAUUGGACUUGUUUGGCAAACCCCCAUUCACCCUAUGGGGCCCUGCUAAAGCCAAAGAGCUGGUCUGCUGGAACGGUUUGACUUUAGUUUGGAGAGAUCCACUUGACCUUUAAAUGUUGAGCUACAAGUGCCAGCAAACCUGGGGGAACAUUUAAAAGAAAUCCAACCUGCUGGUGAGGUAGGUGACUUUUCCGUUCAUUCUCUGUGGUCAGCAGUUUCCCUUCUUGAGGCGGCAGAGGGGAGGAGUUCAUCCUGGCUACUUGAAGCUUGAGCUGUUCCCUCUUAGAAAGACAGCCACCCACACAUACAGUACACUCACGUGACAGUUAGACCAAAACUGUCAAAAUCAUGUUAAGUCUCCAAUUUCUGCAUGCACUAGCAAACAAGGUCACCAACUUCUUGCUGCGGUCAUAUCACACACUUCAGUGUCAACAUCAGUGAGGCAGUUCCAGCUGGUCACAAACACUGCUGCUAUCUGACGGUGACUGUAAAACUGCUUCUGUUGGUUAUUUAUUGGCAUUCUUGUAAAGGGGCCAGUCGCGGGUGGUUGUGGGCGGGAGCACGUGAUGUAACAAUUUAUCAAGGGCACGGCAUUUCUUUCUUGAUAUUCUUUUUGGAAUAAUGUUUUGCACUGAGACACUGACAAAAUGUUCUUGUGUACAUUUUUAUAAGAGUGUAAACUCAUAGUGGCGUCACAAAUGUAAAAACUAGUCGUCAAGUGGAAUGUUAGAGUAUCUUUUGUUCAACAGCAAUGUAUCGCCUCUGAACACGAAUGUGCUGAUUGUUCUGCAUAGGAACAAGUCCAAAGUGCAGCUGCCUGUCGGGAGCAAACGGGGAGCCCAGAUGACUUUAGAGACCUCAAACCAAGACCUCACCUCCCCGUAUCUCUCCGGCAUGGCCUGCGUGAUGCCACAUUCAUAAACAAUAAAUGUUUCUUUAUUUGCC